CAACUGCUUCAAUCAGCUCUCUACAAUUCCCAACAUGAAGUUCCUUAUCCUCGCCGCUGUCGUCGUCGUUGCUGCCGCAAACUACAAUAACGUUCCAACUUAUUCGGCUCCUGCCUCCUCCGCUUAUGUUGAACAGGUGUACUCCACAUCCACUUACUCCGCACCAACUUACUCUUCAUCGGAAUACUCCGCACCUUCGUACUCUGAACCGGAAUACUCCACAACGACUUACUCCGCACCUGCUUACACCACAACCGAGAAAUACACUGCCGAGUCCAGUGAUGAAGAGGAAAACGAUGAAGAGAACGAAGAGGCUGACGUUGAAUCCAAGAAAGAAACGGAAUACUCUAAGCCUAGUUACACAACCGAGACGUACGCUGCUCCUUCUUACAAGGAACCUGAAUACACAACUGCAUCCUACGUUGCACCUGCGUACGUAGCUCCAGUUUACUCCGCUCCUGUCUAUGAGGCCCCAGCAGCUCCAGUUUACUCCGCUCCAGUCUACGAAGCCCCAGCAGCUCCAGUUUACUCUGCUCCAGUCUACGAGGCCCCAGCAGCUCCAGUUUACUCUGCUCCAGUCUACGAAGCCCCAGCUACCAGUGCUCCGGUGUACACCGCACCCGUCUACAAUGUUCCAGUCGCCGUUUACUAAACUCAGGCACUGCCCUCCCGGUUUAUCAAACUCUUUCCUACCGCCAAUUCCUUGAAGUAUUAUUUAAAAACAGAAAAAAAAAAGAAUUAUUAUUUAUUAAAGACUGUGAAUUUAACAAAUGAAAUCACCUUGAGAUCAAUAUAAUCACCAAGCAAAACAA